AUGGCGCGGUAUCGCAGCCUACUGGUGUCGUCCCUCACCACCGCAUCCGCAGUAUGCUACUACCCCAACGGCAACAGCGACGACAACCCGCUCAACGGCCGGUGCGCAUCAAUCGAGGACCAAGCAAGCGCCUGCUGCGCGAUCAACCGGGCGAACCCAUCCGGCGGCUCCGCAGAUGCCUCAGACGAUGGCCAGACGGCAGACCUGUGCAUGAAGAACGGCCUGUGCAAGAACAUCAAGACGGAGCGUGAAAACGGCACAAACAGAAACGUCACGCUCACCUCGUACUGGCGGGGUCUAUGCUCUACGCCCGAGUGGCCGGAGGCGAACUGUGUCGAUGUUUGCAGCUCUGGAUCUACUGCCGGGUCGACGACACAACUGACAUCCUGCGAUGGGACGGACAAUUCGACGGAAUGGUGCUGUGGUGAUAGUGAUGGCUGCUGCGGGACUUCUUCUGCUGUUACCAUUGCCCCUGUGCUCGCUCUGGCCUCUGUAUCCUCAUCCUCAUCCUCAUCCACGUCCUCAUCCACGUCCUCAUCCACGUCCUCAUCCACGUCCUCAUCCACGUCCUCAUCCACGUCCUCAUCCACGUCCUCAUCCACUCCAACUACAGCAACAGCAACAGCAGCAGCAACAGACUCAAGCCUAUCAACAGGCGCCAUGGCCGGAAUCGGAGUCGGCGCUGGAGUCGGCGCCGUAGUAAUAUUCUGCGCGCUGGGAUAUCUCUGGAUACGGCACCGGAAGCCAUCGCCGGCAGACAAGAAUAUAGACAGCUAUAGUGCUGUUUGGCCUCAUGGGCAGGAUCCGCGCAAGGAGAUGGUGCCGGUUGAGGUUGAGGGGUCGAAUAUGGGAGGCAUGCAUGAGUUGAAUGCGGGCGAGUUGAGGCAUGAGUUGGGAGUAAAAUAG